CGUGUCGCGGCGAGGCGGCGAUGGCGGCUGCCUGGGACGAGAUUCGGCGCCUGGCGGCCGAUUUCCAGCGGGCGCAGUUUGCCGAGGUGGCCCACAGGUUGUCGGAACGUAACUGCAUAGAAAUUGUCACUAAGCUGAUUGCAGAAAAGCAGCUGGAGGUUGUGCACACUCUUGAUGGCAAAGAGUAUGUCACUCCAGCCCAGAUCAGCAAGGAGAUCCGAGAUGAGCUGCACGUUUGUGGUGGUCGAAUAAACAUUGUUGACUUACAACAGGUCAUAAAUGUGGACCUUCUGCACAUUGAGAACAAAGCUAAUGACAUCGUUAAAUCUGAAAAAACUGUUCAGCUUGUUCUGGGGCAGCUGAUAAAUGAGAGUUACCUGGAUCAAUUAGCAGAAGAAAUAAAUGAUAAGCUACAGGAAACUGGGCAGGUGACAGUGUCGGAUCUGUGCAAGGCAUACGACCUGCCGGGAGACUUCCUCAUACAGGCAUUAUCCAGACGUUUGGGGAGAAUUAUCCAUGGACAACUGGACCAGGAGAACCGUGGGGUGAUUUUCACAGAGGCCUUCGUGUCCCGGCACCGUGCGCGUAUCCGCGGGCUCUUCACGGCCAUUACUCGGCCCACACCUGUAAGUAACUUGAUCACUCGUUACGGAUUUCAAGAACAUUUACUUUACUCUGUGCUGGAAGAGCUCGUUAACGCCGGUCGUCUCAAAGGCACUGUGAUUGGUGGGAGACAGGAUAAGGCUGUGUUUGUUCCAGACAUCUAUGCCAGGACACAGAGCAACUGGGUGGAUUCCUUUUUCAAGCAGAAUGGCUACUUAGAGUUCGAUGCGUUGUACAGACUCGGCAUCCCAGACCCAGCAGCCUACAUUAAAAAAAGAUACAAAUCCACACAACUCCUAUUUCUGAGAGCAGCUUGUGUUGGCCAAGAAAUUGUGGAUCAAGUUGAAGCCUCUGUAGAGGAAGCCAUCAGCUCCGGAAGCUGGAUAGAUGUAGCAACUCUUCUGCCCAGCUCAUUGUCAGUAGAAGAUGUUGGGAUUUUGCUUCAGCAAGUGAUGAGAUCUUUAAUCAAGAAUUCUUCAAGUUUAGUCUUCAGUGACACCAUCGUGGUCAGUGAGAGAUUUGUGAGCAGCUGUGCUGAGCUCUUCUCUGACAGGAUGCAGCAGAAAGCUGAGAAGGAAAUGAAAAACAGCCCUGUUAAUUUAAUCACUGAAGAAGAUUUAAAACAGGCUUCUGGUUUAGAGAAUUCAUGUGCUGGUAAAAAAGACAAAAAGGAUGAAAGACGAAAGAAAGCAACAGAGGGCAGUGGCAGUGUGAGAGCAGGAGGAGGUGGCAAUGCCAGAGAGAUCAAGAUAAAGAAAACCAAGAAGAAGGGCAGAAAGGAUGCUGACAGCGAUGAAGAGUCACAAGCAACGAGCACAGGUAGGAAUAAGCAACCAGAGUUCCCUUUCCUGUCGCAAGAGGAAAUUGAGGAUGUUCUGAGGUCCCAUAAGCAGGAUUGCCCUGAAGAGCUAAUUACAAACCUUGCUGAACAUCUCAUAAGACCUUUAACAAAAACUUACCAGGAGGUUGUGCGUUCUGUCUUGACAUCCUCAACAUCCUCCUCUGGGGCUAACAGGAGGCAGACACUGAAGGACUUGCAGGAAGAGUUCUCAAACCUGUACAGCACCAUCCGGCUGUUUGAAAAGGGAGCAAAGCAUUUCACAGAUGAGACUCAGACUAACCUUGCCAAACACCUGCUGAAGACUGUCUGUACAGACAUUACAAAUCUGAUUUUCAACUUCCUAGCCUCUGAUUCAAUGAUGACAACAGAAAAUUACUCUACAAUCACGAGUGAGGUCCGGUCCAGGAUUUUAGGUAAAUUGCCAGAAGACACCAAGGGUCCUUUAUCUAAACUGCACACAUCUCUGAAUGGCAAGAGUGUAGAAGAUUUUCUGUCAUGCCUUGAUUCUGCAGUGGAUAUUUGUGAUCUGAUGGUGAAAAAAGGAGACAAAAAGAAGGAAAGGCAAGUCCUGUUUCAGCACAGACAGGCUCUGACGGAACAGCUAAAGGUCACAGAAGAUCCAGCUCUUGUUCUGCACCUGACAUCAGUGCUCUUAUUUCAGUUUUCAACCCACUGCAUGCUUCAUGCACCAGGAAGAUCAGUUCCACAGAUCAUAAAUUUCCUAAGUGGCAAGAUCCCAGAGGAUCAGCAUUCUCUGUUAGUCAAAUACCAGGGAUUAGUAGUGAAACAAUUGAUCAGCCAGACUAAGAAAGCUGAACAUGGAGAUGAUGACACAGCAAAUAACCUGAAAGAGCAGGAGGAAGAUGCUGUUCGGAAAGAGCUCCAGGAAAUCACCACCUCUAUCAAAGAUCUUGUCCUCAGACCUAGGAAGUCUUCUGUGACAGAAGAAUAGAAGUGUUAUUCAGUGCAUCCACACCUGUGCUACAGCCAGAUGUUAUUCUUGUAACCCUGGAGGGAAGGACAGCAGAAGAUGCUUGACAGACUUCAGUAUUUGGCUUUUAACAAUUGCAGAUCACCUCCAGAGAGCACAGCUGUGCUGGAGGCAGAAGCAGUUUUGUUGUAUACUGCUGCAGUGUGGAGCACCAUUAAAGGUGGAUGUGACACAGCACAGUUGUAGGCACUUGGGAUAUUACAUUAUUGGGGUUUAGUUGUCUUCCUCAUGUGAGGCCUUGAGUAAUGGUUCUUGUUCAGGGAACUCUGUUCUGUUCCACACACAAACAAGCUUACAGCUUGUUUUCUCUGUUUGGGGGUUGCAGUGGUCUGAGGAUUGCAUAGGUGUAAGCCUGUGCAGUUUCAUUUCAGAUGCUGCUUUUGAAAUGUAGGAUACCUGAUAGCGUGCCAGGGAAAGGCCAUCCUUGCUUUUGGUCAUCAUGAGCGAAUGUUUUCAGCUUCUGCUCUCCAGGCCAGAGCAGUGACAGCACUGGGUGCUGGUGCAAGUUGCUCAGCGUGAGGUGACCUGGUGCUGCUGUGGGCUGCUGAGAGUGCUGAUGGACUUCAGCACACUCUGCUCUGCACCUGUCCACAUCCGUGGCUACUGCUCACUGAAAACUUGCCAUGCAGGCAGGUGACACCCCUUGGGGAGUGGAUGGGUCCUGCUGCCCCUGCCGUGUGUCACUUGUCCAUGUGCUCACCCAGGACACUCACUGCCUGCUGAGCUGAGCUCCCACAGCAGUUGGAAGUACUUGUGUUCUGCCCGCUCCCUGAGAGAGCCCCUGCUGGUGUUUACCCUCAGUGUCUUGCAAAGAAUUUAGUUGGUGAUCUUUCUAGAUACACUUCACAGACCAAAGUACUGGCUACAGUGGUUCCCUCUAGUUUUUUACCAGCCUUAUUUUCACAAGAGCUAUACUUCAUGUCUUCAGGGAAGUGGAAGAAUGUGUAAAACAGAGUUU